UCCACAUUCUACGUGAGCCGUAUUGAAAACAUAAUUGUUGAAUAUAUUUUCGAGCGGCUUUUUCUCUGACCACCACACUUUCGAGGCGGCCAAACUUGUGUCCAAAGAGACGCGCGUUCAGUUUGUUUGUAACGCUCGUUCCACACGGUUUCUCUGCCUCUCUCUCGUGCUUGGGCUUGGUGUGGUGAAGGAAAGGCCCAAAAAAAGGGGGAAAUCGGUCACAUUUGCCACACAAAUUGAUUCAGUUUUCGGUCUACAGUUUAUUAUUACUUCCUCGCUUCCAGCUUUUGGGGAAAUUGCCGGAGAAGUGCCGCCGCGUUGAACACGGACUAUUAACUUGAAACGAGCGACAAGAUGGGUUCCGGCGGGAGGAUGGACAGCUGCGGCCAGUGCAUGAAGUACAGCAUGUUUGGCGUUAAUUUCCUCAUUUUCCUGGGCGGCGCCGUGGUAUUCGGCCUGGGCCUGUGGACGCUCAUCGACCAGAACUUCGCCAGCGAGCUCUUCGGCACGAACCUCUUCACGGGCGCCGUGUGGGUGCUGGUCAUCACAGCCGGCAUCACCUGCGUCGUGUCGUUCUUCGGUUGCAUGGGAGCCGCCAAGGAAGUCAAGUGUAUGCUGCUCACAUACUUCAUCAUCCUCUUCCUGAUCUUCGUCACAAUGCUGAUCGGCGGCAUUCUGGGCUACGUGUUCCGGGAGAAGGUGAGCCAGACGAUGCGUCAGGAGAUGCACUCCUCCCUGCGUCUCUACGGUAAUCGCUACAGAGUCACUGAGGCGUGGGAUCAGACACAGCGUCGUCUGCGCUGCUGUGGCGUGGAGUUCUAUCGCGACUGGACGCUGCACGGUCGCAUCCCCGAGUCGUGCUGCCAGGAGACGUUCGGUGGGCAGCGCAAGCCGUGCGUGGAGUCCCCGACGCCGGCCAACAUCUACAACAAGGGCUGCUUCAAUGUCACGGCGACCUACGUGCGUGAUCACGCGGCGAUCGUCGGCGGGGCCGGCAUAGGCGUGGCGAUUCUAAUGAUAUUUGGCAUGAUAUUCUCAUGUGCACUAUUUAAGAUGAUAGAGUGACAUCAGUACAAUGCAUAUUUCUUCGACUUCCGAAGCUGAAUCUCACAAUAUAAUGUCUUUAUUCUCACACGAAGCCCUCCAAUUUAUACAUCGUAUGUUCUUUUUUUGAAGAAGAAAAACAUCGUGCACUUCUAUUUUACAUUGAGAAGUCCUUUCUCUCUC